GUGUAGUUGUGUAAAAAAUGAUCAAUAUGUUUAACAACAAUAAUAGUCAUUGCCAACAAUAUAUCAAAGAUUAAUAAAAAAACAAAUAGCCAAAUUAAACAAAAGAACCUCACGCAAUUCCCACCCUUUUUUAUUUCAUUUUGUUCUUAUUCUAAGAACAAAAAUACCCCAGACUACUUUCCCACUCAAGAACCUCACGCAUGCCAUUUCAUUUUCGGCCCUUCAUUUUUCUUCGGCGGCGGCUAUAGUGAAUGACUUCACCAGCGACGCAUCCUUUCUCCGGCGACACUACUUGGCCUUUGCAUGUACAUCCAAACAUUAAAAGCUUACAUUGAAAUAGAGCACAUCCUGAAGGUUCUAUUGCCGAAGGUUAUCUUGCAGAUGAGUGCUUAACAUUCUGCUCAAGAUAUAUGAGUGACAUUGAUACUAAGUUCAAUCGAAAAGCAAGAAAUGAUGAUGAUGGGGAUGAGGUUGUUGAAGGUACCAGGACUUCAAAUCUUGAGAUAUUUAGACCACUUGGUCAUUAUAUUGGACAGGGUGUUCCUGUACAUCUCAGUUUUGAGGAGUGUGAUCAAAUUCAUUCUUAUAUUCUCCAUAAUUGUGAUGAGCUUAUUGAGUUUGUUGAGAGGCUCAAGCUAGAGUUGGAAAAGGAGUGCACAAGAAAUAUAGAACGAAGGCAUAAAGCAGAAUUUUCCAAAUGGAAUUAUCAGCAUGUACGAAAUAUGCAUGAAAAAGGAGAUGUCGAUGAUGAUUUGUAUAAUUUGGUUUGUGGUCCUUCAAGAGUUGUUAGGCGGUACACUGGUUACAUUGUUAAUGGUUUUCGAUUUCACAGCAAGGAUCGUUGUGAAAAUAGGAAAACUCAGAAUUGUGGCAUUAUGGUCCGGGGAGAUGAUACCUCUGAUAAAGAAUAUUAUGGUAUUUUAGGAGACAUAUUUGAAAUGCAUUACCCUGAAGGAAAUCGUGUAUUUGUUUUCAAAUGUAAUUGGUAUGAUGUUGGAUGCCAAGGUAGAGGGUUUAAGGUAGAUGAAUUUGGAUAUAUAAGUGUAAACAAGAUGAGUUCCUUAAAGUUUGAUGAAGUUUUUGUAUUGGAGUCACAAGUUGAACAUGUUUUUUUUUGUUGAUGACCCGCGAGAGAAAGACUGGCAGUUCCUUAUUAAGACACUUCCAAGGGAUUUGUAUAAUAUGCUUAGUGCUGGUGUCAAUGGACAAGAUGGGGAUGAUGUCGAUGUUCAUAAUGAAGUGGAUGUGGAUGCAUUUCAACAAGGAGAAAUGCAAGAGCAAUGUUUUACUUCUGAUUCAAAUGUUGCUAAUUUGGUGUUAUCUACAGACACAUUUGUGAUUGAACGAGAUUCAAAGGUUGUUGAAAUGGUAAGAAAAUUCAUGGAGGAGUACAAGGCAGAUUAUGACUUUAUAAAUGACGGUGAAAUUGAACAGUUUGAUGACAUCUCAAGUGAAGAAAAAGAAGAGGAGUUUGAUUCUGACACAUAAGUGACUACUUCGUUUUAAUUUAUCAUGAGUAAACUUUAUUGUUCCAUGUUUUUUUUGUUUUAUUAUGCUAUGCUUUUGGUGUUGUUUAGUGUAGUUUGUUUUUUGCCUCAAGUUUUAAUUGUGAUAUGCUGAUUUGGAUGUUUUGACCUUUUGGACUGUAAUUGAUCAUCUUCUUUGGUAAACAGAAUACUUUUACUUUGCUAAAAAAUGAAUAUACUUGUAAGAACACUAACAUGAGAUUUAAGUAUUAUUGAUUUAAUAAUUUGUAUUAAGCAUCAAUUAACAGGUUUUUUUUUUUAAAAUUCUACUAGUACUGCUAUAUUUUUAUUGGUGUAGGAAUAAGAAGAUAAUACCGUCAGUACAAAAAAGAUGCCAAGAAGAGGAGGAGGCAAGAGUACGGGUAAUCUUGUUAUUGCACCUGGAAGAUUCAAAGUCUAAAUCAAGCUAAUCGACUUACCCAACGUCACAUGCAAGAUGGUGCUUAUGUGGUAGAAAAAGGAACAAUAAUGAGAAAAGUCUCCGAUCGAAACAAAGGUCGAAUUGGUAGUCCAUCUCAAAGGGACAGACAAAUUGAAAUGGCUCUGAGAAAUUUAGAGAGACAACGAGCACCAUCUACUAUGAUGGACAUAGAUAGAGAGAUAGAGUCUCCAACUCAGGGUGAUAGUUAUGUCCAAACCCCUGAUAAUAAUGUAGAGAAUAUCCAAAAUGAUGAAGCAAAUGAUUUAUCUCAAGGUUUCAUUCCAGCUUUAGGUGCACUUGGUAUGAGAAAGAGAUCCAAUAGGCUAACAUCAAGAGUUGUAAACGCUUUGCAAGUGAACUUAGCUGCAAUUCCUAAACCCACUAAGCCAAGGGAGGAAAAUAUAAAUGAUGAAGAAGUACAAGCCAAUGAAAUUGAUAAUAUGGAAGAUUUAGAAGACGCAACUCAAGGUACAAGUAAGAGAAGGGGAAGAGGAAACAGGGGAAAAUAUAAAAGUUAUGUUGUUGACAUGAAAAUCAAGGGAAAAGGCUCUAAACUUUCAGUUUACAUCCCUGAUGAAAUUGAUCGUGCAAUUGGAGAAAAUGCAAGACACCUAGUGAAUGAGUGUGGUCGUGUGGUCAGAACUAAAGCCCCAUUGGAUGUUCGAAAUUGGCAGGGAGCUUUUUCAGUUGCUGGUGAAAGACAAGUUUGAAAUUGAAUCUAGCCGGACUUUGAAGAUGUACGGUUUUGUUGUCGACACCAUGCAGCGAUUAUAUAGGUUGUGGAAAUGUCGGCUACAUUACUACUACAAGAGUCCCAAAUGUGGAAAAGAUGAUG